UAAUAGCACCCUUCCGGUGUUCUCUGUCGGCCGGCGGUGUCGUGAAAAUACUGCACUCGGUCACUUCAAUAUUGCGCUGAAUUUAUUGUCAUCAGCUCGCGCCGCGGCGUGUCAGACGCUCGAUAUUUGGAUGUCGGCGACUCGGCCGCGGAGGCCUCUACGCUCGCUCCCGCAGCCGCGGUGGAGCGGCUCGAGCUCGGCCGCGGGGGCAGCGUGACUUCGGUGUUCCCGGUCCUUCCCCUGCUCGAAGAGUUUGGAUGAGCGACAUCGAGCUUGGAUGUUGCUGCGUCUUCAACUUUCGCCGUCAGAAUGAACGGCACUGUACAAAGUGAUGCCAAGAGACAGAACCUCUUGGAGAGGUUACUAGAUGCUGUCAAACAGUGCCAAAUACGCUUCGGGGGAAGAAAAGAGAUCGCGACGGACUCGGACAGCAGGGUCAUCUGUCUCUGUGCCCAAUUUGAGGCGGUGCUGCAGCACGGCUUGAGAAAGAGCAGCGGUCUGGCCCUCACCGCCGCCGCCCUCAAGCAGGUGGCGGGCUUCAGCAGCAAGACGGAAGCAGAGUUGACCUUCUGGUUCUUCGUGAAGGAGCAUCUGAACCGGCACGAGCUCCAGCGCUUCUACUCCCUGCGUCACAUCUCGUCGGAGCUGGGCCGGGGUCGGGCUUGGCUGCGCUGCGCUCUUAAUGAGCAUUCUUUGGAACGAUACCUGCACUCGCUGCUCGCCGACCGACCGCGCGUGGGCACUUACUACGAAGACUGGGCGUUCAUGCUUGAUGAAGAGAGAGCCAGUAUGCUGCCCACCAUGGCUGCAGGUUUGAACUCCAUCCUCUUCGCCAUCAACAUAGACAACAGCGAUCUAAACGGCGGGCAGAGCAGAGGCACCGGCUCCUCGGUGACGAACCUCCUCAAGGAGUCCACGCAAGGUAUCGGCAGCCUGUGGAAGGAGUCGGCGCAGGGGGUGAGCAGCCUGCUCCGAGAGAUCGGCACGGCGACGGCCGCGGUGCCGGGUUUCGGCCCCAGGGCGGACGGCGCCUCGGACCCGCUGCCCGUCCUGCCCCGCAGCGCUUCCGCCGACUCUGGGCUGAGGAAGGAACGGCGGAAGAAGAAAAAGAUCACCAACAUCAUUUCCUUUGACGAUGACCUGGACGGAGGUGCCGAGGACGAAGAGGAAGGGGGGGAGGACGACUUCCCGAAGAUUCCCGGAAUGAGCAAGAGUCCCGUUCGGAGCGGCGCGGAGGAAGCCAUGGAUCUCUCGGAACCGCCUUUCCCCGAUUCGCCGGCUCACAACGGACUAGAUGACGAUGCCGCCGCCGCCGCCGCCGCGCUGAGUUGGGUGGGCUCGCCCCAUCACUCUCGUACACCUCCGUUGCCCCGCAGUAAGAACGUAGAUAACGAUGAGGAAGACGAGGAGGAGGAGGAGGAGGACGAAAAGUACAAAUCCAGAGCACCCAUCCAGGAGGACGAGAGGAGCAGUGACCAGAUGGUCGUGGGAAGUCUUUCCAGCGUGUCCACGUGGAGCCCCGUACAGGUUCUGAUGGAGCACGGUGGCUCAGACAUUCUGAUCCCCGUCAAUGCGACUGCCCCGCAGCCAGUCGACUCCGCGGAGGACUUUCCCCUUCCGCGCGUGUCAUCGGGGCCGGCGGAAGAUUCAGACACCGGCUCGUUACGGCCGCCUCUCAACCGUCACGACUUUGACAUUCGCCGUAUCGACGCGGCCGUGUAUUUCAGUACGGAUUCCGGUCCUUCGGCGCCGUCCGCCCCGCUCGAUGGAACGCUGCCAGACUCCAUGAGCGUCGCGGAGCUGCGACAGGCCAUUGUGGCCAUGAUGAGCAGGAAGGAUGAGCUGGAGGAACAAAACGGGUCUCUUCGUAGUCUGCUGGAUGGAGAAAUGGAGCAUUCGGCGGGUCUGAGGCAGGAGAUUGAGCUGCUUAAGAAAAGGCUGGCAGAAGCGGAAGAGAGACACGCGGCUAAGGUCCAGGCUCUUGCCAGGGAGAAUGAGGUCCUGAAGGUCCAGUUGAAGAAGUACGUGGGGGCGGUGCAGAUGCUGAAGAGAGAGGGGAACCAGGGCAAUGACGCUCUGUCAGUGUUGCCGUCGAGUGAAGAGCUCGCCCCGGCGCCUCAGAGUAAGUGCAUGGGCGACAUCGAGGAGUUGGCAUCCAGCUAUGAACGUAAACUGAUAGAGGUGGCCGAGAUGCACGGAGAGUUGAUCGAGUUUAACGAGCGCCUAUAUCGCACCCUCAUGGCCAAGGAUCACCUCAUCGUGCAGAUGAGACAGGAACUUAUUGAGCUGAGAGGACCGGUAGCAGGAGAUUUAAGUCAGACGUCGGAUGAUCCCAGCCUGUCCGAUUUUGAAACGGCCCAUCGUGCGCUCAUCAACGUUUGGAUACCGUCUGUGUUCCUUCAGGGCAGAGCUGCUAACGCCUACCACGUUUAUCAGGUUUACAUCCGCAUCCUGGACAAUGAGUGGAAUGUAUACAGACGCUACACUGAGUUUAGGGAGCUGCACAAUCGCCUGAGGUCCCAGUUUCCACAGGUGGACACGUUCAACUUCCCGCCAAAGAAAGCUAUCGGGAACAAGGAUGCCAAAUUUGUGGAAGAGAGGCGAAAGCAGCUGCAGUGUUACCUUCGUAUGGUGAUGAACAAAGUGAUCCAGACGCUGCCGGACUUCACCGCCCGUCCUACCAAGGAGACUCUACUGUCCUUGCUGCCUUUCUGUUUGGACGCUCCCCAGACCAACGACGGCGCCCCCAAGACACCUCGCUCCAAAAUGGCGUCACGUUUUCCGAGACUGGGGCGUGGCCACCACCAGGACGCCAGACCCGAACCCCAGAGUGGCGACCUCUAACCACUCAAGACUUUAUAUUUUUUGAUGCAAAGGAUGGGAGUGCACCUGUUGCCAUAAAGACUUUUAGGGCAUCUGACAGAACUGUACGGCCAGUGUCAAAAAAGAAGAUUAAAGAGUAUUUCUAGAUAUGGGAUAUCCAACUGAAGGAGAGAUAACAUCCAAGAGGCCGGACCGAAUCAUGUAGUGCCUCUCACCUCACUAACUGAGCUGCCACUCCACUAUGAGAUGCUGGCUGGCUUUUAUUUCUUACCCAGCUCAUUUUUCUAGUGUACGUGUGUGUAGUCACAGUGCCUAUCAUGUAUAUUACCGCUGUGUUGAUGGCUGUUAUUGAGCAAGCGAUUCUUUGUAGUGACUCUUAGUGUUGCACCGAUACUAGUAUCGGUGCUGAUGUGGCACUAAAAUGACGUCAUCGGUAUUGAGGUGUGUACUUUGAAAUAACGUACCGAUACUUCACAAUACGUACUCUUGAAGAUUUAGUUUCCAGCAGCGGUCGCCCUACCCAAGAUGGCCACCGGCUAUGCACACCACCGUUAAAAAAUGAGUGCUAGUCGCCCUUCUUAAAUGUCCAAUCCUGUGGCAUCCAAUCAUUCUUCUGCUGUGAAUUUAACUGAGUUUACCACUAGUAGACGUCCAAUCCAUUUGAAGAGGGAGGGAUGGCAGCGAAGGAACGAAUGUCAACGACACACAACAAGUUGAGCAGGGUCUGCAUUUAAGCUACGUUCAAGUGAGAAUGCUGACAUUUAGUAUUCUAAGAAAAAAAAAUAGUUUGUAUAUGUUUUCUUUUCAAAAACGUAUCGGUACAAUUUCGGUCGAUACCGUGCAAAAUCAGAAUUGAAAGCCAAAAAAUUUGUAUCGGUGCAACAUUUGUCACUGUGUUUGCUUUAUAUUGCCAUUACAUUUCAGCUAAUGAUGAUUUACAAUCAGGCAGAAUGUUGUAGGUUGUAAGGUUUGUUGUCGAAUCCUCCGCUUACUUGGCUUUUUUUUGGUUACUGUAAAUGAACGCUUGUCUGAACGCGUGCCCUGUGAUUGGCUGGCGACCGGUCUGGGGAGCACGCCGCCUCGAAACUCAGCUCACCUGUGGUGCAAAUUACGACAAGCGAUGAUUCACAAGUACUCGCCAGGUAAAGUAUUUAUGAUGGGCCCUCAUACAAUGGGGCAAAUAAGUAAUUAGUCAACCACCAAUUGUGAACAAAAGUUCUCCUACUUGAAAAGAUUAGAGAGGCCUGUAAUUGUCAACAUGGGUAAACCUGACAGAAAGUGGACAGAAUGUGGAAAAAUAAAACAGAAAAUCACAGUUUGAUUUUUAAAGAUUUUUUUUUCAAAUUAGAGUGGAAAAUAAGUAUUUGAUCACCUACAAACAAGCAAGAUUUCUGGCUGUCAAAGAGGUCUACUUCUUCUAACGAGGCUCCACUCGUUACCUGUAUUAAUGGCACCUGUUUUAACUCAUCGGUAUAAAAGACACCUGUCCACGACUUCAGUCAGUCACACUCCAAACUCCACUCUGGCCAAGACCAGAGAGCUGUCGAAGGACACCAGAGACAAAAUUGUAGACCUGCACCAGGCUGGGAAGACUGAGUCUGCAAUAGGUAAAACGCUUGGUGUAAAGAAAUCAACUGUGGGAGCAAUUAUUAGAAAAUGGAAGACAUACAAGACCACUGAUAAUUUCCUUCGAUCUGGGGCUUCAUGCAAGAUCUCACCCCAUGCCAUUAAAAUGAUAACAACAACGGUGAGCAAAAAUCCCAGAACCACACGGGGGGACCUAGUGAACAAAGGCUACUAUCAGUAACACAAUGCACCGCCAGGGACUUGAAAUCCUGCACUGCCAGAUGUGUCCCCCUGCUGAAGCCAGUACACGUCCAGGCCCGUCUGCAGUUCGCUAGAGAGCAUUUGGAUGAUCCAGAAGAGGACUGGGAGCAUGUCUCAUGGUCAGAUGAAACCAAAAUAGAACUUUUUGGUAGAAACACAGGUUCUCGUGUUUGGAGGAGAAAGAAUACUGAAUUGCAUCCGAAGAACACCAUACCCACUGUGAAGUACGAGGGUGGAAACAUCAUGCUUUUUCUGCAAAGAGACCAGGACGACUGAUCUGUGCAAAGGAAAGAAUGAAUGGGGCCAUGUAUCGAGAGAUUUUGAGUGAAAAUCUCCUUCCAUCAGCAAGGGCAUUGAAGAUGAGACGUGGCUAGGUCUUUUAGCAUGACAAUGAUUCCAAACACACAGCCAGGGCAACAAAGGAGUGGCUUCGUAAGAAGCAUUUCAAGGUCCUGGAGUGGCCUAGCCAGUCUCCAGAUCUCAACCCCAUAGAAAAUCUGUGGAGGGAGUUGAAAGUCCGUGUUGCCCAACGACAGCUCCAAAACAUCACUGCUCUAGAGGAGAUCUGCAUGGAGGAAUGGGCAAAAAUACCAGCAACACUGUGUGAAAAGCUUGUGAAGAGUUACAGAAAAUGUUUGGUCUCCGCUAUUGCCAACAAAGGGUACAUAACGAGGUACUGAGAUGAACUUUUGGUAUUGACCAAAUACUUAUUUUCCUCCGUGAGUUGCAAAUAUUUUUUUUUAAAAAAUCAAACAAUGUGAUUUUCUGUUUCCCCCCCCCCCCCACAUUCUGUCUCUCAUGGUUGAGGUUUUACUCAUGUUGACAAUUCCAGGCCUCUCUAAUAUUUUCAAGUGGGAGAACUUGCACAAUUAGUGGUUGACUAAAUACUUAUUUGCCCCAUUGUACUUCAUAAUGUCCAAGUGUAAAUCAUUUCAGAUCCAAAAUGUCUUCAUUUCCAUGGAUUAGGGUUCUACACCAGGGGUCCCCAUCCGCCGGGCCGCGGACCGGUAUCGGUCCAUAGCGCAUCUGCUACUGGGCCGCACAGAAAUAUUAAUUUAUUAACGACCGCAUUCUGGCCAAAUUAACUUUGGCCUUUGCCCCUGCUUGGCACACCAAUAUUCCUGUUUACUUUUGAUGUAAUACUACAGGAUAGAUUAGAAUGUUGUCGUAGAAAUCCAUUAAAUGGGUUGCUAGCAGUACAUCUUAUUUUGUGUAUAUAAUAUAUCUAUGUGCGCUUGUCCUCGAUACUAGCAUAUGGCUAGGCCUAGGGCGCAGCACAUUUGUUCCCGGAAAUAAUAAGCCCCCACCCAAGCGAAGAUGAGUGGAAAACUGAUGUCUUUCAAGAGAUUUUUUACGGCGAAAAGGGCACCUGACGAGCCAGAAGAUGAGCCUACAACCUCAAAGACCCACGAACUACAAAGGAGUGGAUUCGUGACGCAUUUGUGAAUAAACCGAGUGAUUCGAGUAUGUCUGUGUAACAGGAGAGUCCGCUUGUAGAGAUCACAAUUGACGGUGACCUUAAACAAGCAUUUGAAACAACUCUACCGAGGUUCUAGAUUAAAGUCAUUACGGAAUAUCCUGACAUCGCUACGAGAGCACUGAAAACCUUGCUACAAUUUCCAACAUCGUAUCUUUGUGAAGUGGGCUUCUUAAUUAAUGCUUAACGACAUGGUGAAUUCGUUAACGGUGAGAGUGCGGUGUGCAGUUGUUGUGUGUAGCUAACAUGGCAGGAUGUGUCUGAGGAGAGCUUUUCCACAUGUCCGUCCAUGAUCAAACGUAAGUUAAUAUUCCUUUCUUUAAAGAACGUUUGUAGUGUUUACUUUUGAAUCGCUGCAUUCGCGGCUAUUUUUAACGUUACACGCAUGCGCAGAACCGCAUAGUUGCAAUUUUUGAUGGGUUGCAAAAUUUGUCAGACGCCGGUCCGUGAAAAAAAGACCCAAAUCACAGCGGUCCGUGGUGCAAAAAAGGUUGGGGACCCCUGUUCUACACCAAUGAUUUAACAAUCAAUGAUUUUAUACAUGCCGUCAGACCCAAGAAUAGUUGCGAGUUUUCACCAAUACUUCCUUGUUUUAAGAUUUCGACUGUUUUUUCUUGGCAGGAUUGAGCAAAGUGGUGCAUUGCAAAUGAAUGUCAUAACGAAGACUAAACACUUGAAGUGAAGCAGAGCUGCUCGUUAGUAGGAGAGGAGAGGAGAGCGACCCAACCAGUGUGUAUAAUAGGAACUCAUACAUAUGUAGAGCUCUCCCAAAACAAGUACCAGACUAUGAAUUCCUGUGGACGGAUUGUGUUCUGGAAAUCCAUCUCAGAAAACUUGUACUGUAUUUACAGUCUGAGUGGAGGUCAACCAACAAUACUAGCUUUUUGAACGCAGUCUCACUUGUUGUUUUAGGGGGCAUGCGUUCACCAAGCUGCUCAAUAAAGACAAAUCCUAAUGGAAUACAAACUGAUUGCUUUUUGCAACUUGUUCAUCUACUACACCGCCAUAAAAAAAAAAAUUUAAAAAAA